ACGUAGACAAUUGAACAUAUCCGCAAAGCUCCCUAUUGUUUGCAAUGAUGGCCGCCAGAUCUGAGAGCGAUUCUGACCGAGAUAGCGACGAUUUCUCCAUUAAUUUGAGCGAGGAUGAAAGAUUUGUGGAUGAGGAAAGUGCAAGUGAAGGACUAGUGGGGAGUGGAAGCGAUUCAGAUAGGGAAGAAGCUGUGAGAGGGAUAGAGCCAUACCGCUUUGAACCCGACGCUGAUGAAGACGGUCAGGAGGACGCUGCUGCUAUUGAUGCUGGAGGAGCACACGACAUAGAUCGCCUUGAGAAUACAGAAUGGUGUACAUGUCAAAACUGUGUGAACAUGGAGACAGUGGCUGAGUGUGUCUGCUGUAGUGAAAUAGAGGCAGUGACCAGAACGAUGGAGGAGGAGGGGGUGAAGACGUGCAUCAUAGACCACCAUGGCUUUCCAUCUGUGUGUCUGGAUGAAUGGGUGCUGCAGACAGCGUAUAACGCCUACAAACAGCAAUAUGGCGUGCUGCAGCAACAGCAAAAUGAGCGGAGACGACACACAGCCUAUCGACAGUUUGUCCGCUUCUGCUGGGGAUACCUGGGAAAGGACAUAAGGGUGGUACUACCAGCUUGUGUAGUACAUAAGAUUAGGACAACAUUCCCAUCGAUGGACUACACGGGGUUCCAAGACGUGCAGUGACUGCAACAGAAUCUACAUGGCCACUGUACUUAAUCAAUAAAAUCAAUCAAUCAAUCAAUCAGUCAAUCAAUCAAUGUUUAUUUAUAUAGCACUAAAUCACAAAUGUCUCAAAGGGCCGCACAAGCCACAACGACAUCCUCGGUACAGAGCCCACACACGGGCAAGGAAAACUCAUCCCAGUAGGACGUCGAUGUGAAUGACUAUGAGAAAC